GAGAGUUGGGGGGUUGGGGAUUUCCAUGUUUAGACCUGGCCGGCUCUUCAUACAUAAACACUGCUGACUGGUCACAGCCAGUCAGAGUCCCACUAUCUACAGGCUCUGUCCUAUUCAGUCAUGGAGAGGAAUACGUGCUCAGCUCAGACUUCUGUACAGGUGGCUCAAAAAAUCUGUAAACCUGGGACCUCCAAUGGACUUGAUAAGCUGAGUCGUUUGGAACAGCUGGGGCCAGAGGAGUCACUGGACAGAGAGGACCCCCGAGAAUACUGCCAUGGGGGGUACCACCCUGUUCACAUUGGAGACACCUUCAACAGGAGAUACCAGGUUCUGUCUAAGUUGGGCUGGGGAUACUUCUCCACUGUAUGGCUCUGCUUGGACCUCAGGUUCAUUCACUAUGUUGCUGUGUUGGGCAGGCGAGUGGCCGUGAAGGUUUUGAAGAGUGGAGAAGGAUUCACACAGGCUGGGCAAGAUGAAUUGACUCUGCUACGCUGUGCCAGUGGUCCCACUGCUCGACACCUCCAAAGUCGGAGGAUAGUCCAACUGCUGGAUGAUUUCAAGAUAGCUGGGGUCAAUGGGGUCCACGUAUGCCUAGUGCUGGAGCUGCUGGGACCAGACCUUCGCUGUUGGCAGAUCUGUUUUGGAAAUCCAGGGCUAUCGCUGUCUUGGGUCAAACAGGUCAUUGCUCAGGUUCUUCAGGCGUUGGACUACCUGCACACUCAAUGUAAAAUCAUCCACACAGACAUCAAGCCUGAGAAUAUACUGCUAUGUUUGGAGGAGCAGAACCCAAAACAGACAGCAGGGGGCAGUGUCUGUCCAUACCUUCGGAAAGAUUCCAAGUCAAGGCGCACAGCAGAGAAGGACCUGGUGACUCCCAUCAGUCUGAAGGAGAUCACAGUAAAGAUUGCUGACCUGGGAAGCUCCUGUUGGGUGUACAAACAUUUCUGUGAGGAGAUCCAGACCCGUCAGUACCGCUCACUGGAGGUUCUAUUGGGCUCUGACUACGGCCCACCAGCAGACAUCUGGAGUGUAGCCUGCAUGGCUUUCGAGUUGGUCACUGGGGAUUCAUUAUUUGAGCCCAUAGCUGGGAAGACAUUUUCUUUAGAGGAAGACCACAUUGCUCACAUAAUAGAGCUCCUUGGCAAAGUCCCAGCAGCAGUAGCCUUGUCUGGCAAAUAUUCCAUGGAGUACUUCAAUCGCAGAGGGGACAUGCGUCGUAUCGGUGUGCUGCGGCCCUGGGGUCUAUAUGAGGUGUUGGUGGAGAAAUACCACUUCAUGCUGAAGGAGGCCUCUCUGUUCUCUGACUUCAUGUUGCACAUGUUGGACUUCCAGCCAGAGAGGAGGGCCAGUGCUGCCCAAUGUCUCCUGCACCCAUGGCUUAGCUCCUGAACCCUGGCCCUGGAGACUUGAUAGCCCCGCUCAUGGGGACCCCUGGAGCCAACUUGAUACCAAGUUAGUAGAUAAAUGUGUUAUAUAAAUGUGUUAUGCAGAGACAAACACAGUGGUGCUGAGUCACUAAGACUACGGGAAGGAUAUACAGUAUACAUUUUUGACAAUUUGCUCGAGGCCAAUGUCUGUGAAAUGUACUAUUUUAUGUUCAUUUAUUAAGUAAGACUAGAUUUGUCUCUUCUGAUAAAUGUAUGGGGCAUUUGAUUAUCUGUAAAGUGUAAUGAAUGUAUGAAGUAUAAACUUAUAUAAGUGUGGUAUGAUUUACUGAAAUAUAGAGCUUGUGACUAGACUUUCCACAGCUGUGCUGCACACAGUGCACUGCGCCAAUGAUGCUACUGUAUAUUUGCAGUUCUUUUUUACAGCAUGCAAUAAAUCACGUAUUGC